UCUAGUAUGUACCAGUCUAGUACGGCACACCAUGCCGGGCGACCAUUUUGUAAUUAGCUCUUCGGCGUUUGAUCGCGUCGCGUACUUGUUUUUGUGGUGCGAAUAGUUCAAAAAGGAGUAUUAGUUUCGAAUAUAGUUUUCGAAAUCACAAAGCGUCACAGAGCAAGGUUUUGUCGACGAUCAUGGCUGAAUAUUUAGCCUCGAUCUUCGGCACAGAAAAAGACAAGGUGAAUUGUUCCUUUUACUUCAAAAUUGGAGCGUGUCGCCACGGGGAUCGAUGCUCACGUAUUCACAAUAAACCCACCUUCAGCCAGACUUGUUUGUUACAAAAUCUCUACGUGAACCCCCAGAACUCAGCCAAGAGUGCAGAUGGUUCUCAUCUUGUUGCUAAUGUUUCCGACGAGGAGAUGCAGGAGCAUUACGACAACUUCUUUGAAGAUGUAUUUGUCGAAUGUGAAGAUAAAUAUGGGGAAAUUGAGGAAAUGAACGUAUGCGACAAUCUGGGUGACCAUUUGGUAGGGAAUGUUUACAUCAAAUUUCGCAGAGAAGAGGAUGCUGAAAAAGCUGUCAAGGAUUUAAAUAAUCGGUGGUUCGGAGGAAGGCCCGUGUAUGCAGAAUUAUCACCAGUCACUGAUUUUAGAGAAGCUUGUUGUCGGCAAUAUGAAAUGGGAGAAUGUACUCGCUCUGGGUUCUGCAAUUUUAUGCACUUGAAGCCUAUUUCACGAGAGCUCCGUCGAUAUCUGUACAGCCGCAAAAAGGGUGGUAAAGGACGAUCUAGGUCUCGAUCCAGGUCACGUGGUCGAGACCGCAAGCGCAGAUCUCGAUCCAGGGAAAGAAGAUCUCGCUCCAAGGAUCGUCGCAAGGGCAGAGAAGAUAAAGGCAGGGAUGGUCGUUCUGGGAGAUAUUGAAACAUGACUACGAGGAUGAUAAUCCUUCAAAUAUUUUCAUUACAACUCUUAUUUCAUGGUCUAGUAAAUUACCGAAUUGGAUCGAGUGUGUAAGUUUUGAAUAACAUAAAUGUAAAAUUAAUAAACAUAGUAUAUAUUGGAUAUUAAAGUUCAUAUUCGAUAGGUAUAUCUGUAUUCAAAUACCGUAAUAGUAAACAAAAAGCAUAACGUUCA